CGGCAUGAGCUUCCCGCGGCCCCUGCGCCGCGCCGUCAGCCUGAGUCCAGCGCGGACCCUCCGGCUGGUGGUGCUGGGGCAGAGCGCCGUGGGCAAAACAGCUUUGACAGUGAGAUUCAUCACCAAGCGAUUUAUCGGUGAUUAUGACCCUACAUUGGAGAUGAUCUACAGGCAUACAGCUGUCAUUGAUGGAGAAAUGGUGCAUUUUGAAAUUCUUGACACAGCAGGACAGGAGGAAGACUCCCUACAAAUAGAAGAGAAGAUUAAAUGGGGAGAUGGCUUUGCUGUGGUUUACUCAGUCACUGACAGAUGCAGCUUCGAUGAAGUGAUGAGGCUGUGUUUCCUCAUCAACCACAUUCAUUCCAGCCCAAAGAGGAGCAGUGGGAGUGAGCAGCCACCAGUGGUGAUCAUUGGAAAUAAGAAAGACCUGCAGUUUGACCGGAUGGUGACCUCUGAGGAUGGGGAGAACCUCUCCAAGGCUUUGAAGCAUCCUUUCUAUGAGAUUUCUACCAGGGACAGCUAUGAGGAGGCUGUGAUGGUGUUCAAUACCCUGUAUAGUGAGCUGAUGAAACAAGGGAAUUUUUCUCCAGGGACCUUCAAGAGGCGAGCUGUGUCUAAACUGAUGGAGAAGAUCCCUAGGAUUCAUGCCAACUCGACCCUGACCUCAAGUGGCAGGAGCCUGAGCUUCAACUCUUUCAGAGAUUACAUCCCAGAGUGAACUUUCGCACAGGCAUUGUGUGGUGGUGAAUAGUGCAUAAAGGGACCAGCAGGAGUGGGCAAAGGGGAGGCUAUAGAUCUAGUCACAAUCCAAGUCCAGGGUCCUGUAAAUAGUUAGGAAGGGGAUUUUUAAAAUAAUAAUUUUUAGUCCAGGAAGAUCAUAUGGUGACCUUGGGUGAUUGUAGUGAGGGGAAGGUAAUAUGGGCAGAAAUGUAUCCCCUCUUCUCCUUUAGAGCUUGGUCUUUUAAAUCUUGGCCACUUCUCCCUCUAGCCACACUGCAUAUUAUGGCAUUAUGACCUCUCUUCAAGGAAG